AUGUCCGAGUGCAGCGAGCUGAGCGACCUGAGGGCGGCCUGGCGCUGGCGGCUCCUCCCGCCGCCUCCCUUUGUCCGCCAACCUGGGUACAGACGACCCUCCUCUAUCACCGCCUACGCCGCCGUAGUCGACGGCAACGGGUGCUCCACCAUCUACGUGACAUGCGAGGGCAGCAUCGGCACCUACAGCUUUGAGACGGCACGCCUUGAUUCUCAUCAUCGUCUGGGGUGGACGCACUCGGAGGAAUGGAAGCAUGUCGGGAGGUGGUCGCUGCCCUUUAAGGGCGGAGCCCAGUACGUCCCUGAGUUCAACAUGUGGUUCGGCUUCUCGGCCUUCAGCCCCGGCCACCUGUGUGCACUGGACCUCUCUGCCAUGCACCAUGACCGACCGCCCACUGCGCUGCAAGUUUGGCAAAAUCUGAUCCCACCUGAGGUGGAGUGGAUGUGUAUUCCGGUGCGUUUCGAGCUUCUCAACCUGGGCGAUGGCAAGUUUCUCAUCGCCGGGACAUUUGAAGCAGAAACAACCGGUCAGCAGUUUGCUCUGCUCACAGGCGUAGAGAUGAUGCCUUGUGUGGGUGAUGAUCGGAGCCUCCAGAUGGUCAAGCACAAGUGUGCACGUUAUGCCUUCACGAGUGAUGCCAUCGAGUGGGUGCUCUGA